AUUGAACUUUCUCUUCUCUGAUAUUAGUUUUGCUUUGCUUUUUUAUCAUUCUUUUGCUUAAUAUACAUUUACAAUUUAUUUUAAUUGUGCCUCCGCAUUCGGCAGUUAAUUAGCGUAUUGAUUAGCACAAGGCUUGUCAUUAUUUUUCCAAUCAGACCAUGGCUUCGCGAGCAGCAUUCAAGCGGUUGAGUAAGGAGUACCUGGCAAUUGAAGCCAAUCCAACACCCUUUAUCACAGCAAAGCCCCUCGAGUCAAAUAUUCUCGAGUGGCACUACGUCCUGCGCGGGCCGCCAGACACGCCGUACUCCGGCGGCGAAUACCACGGGCGGCUAAAGUUUCCAUCGGACUACCCGUACAAGCCACCAGCUAUUCAGAUGAUCACGCCCAGCGGGCGGUUCCAGACGAACACCAACAUCUGCAUGAGCAUGAGCAACUUCCAUCCGAGCACUUGGAAUCCGCGUGGUCGUAUCCGCUUGUCGUAUUCUGAUCGCAAGGCGCUGGCGCGCAAGUCGCAUGCGUUUAAUUUGGCGAACAAGCUGUUUGCGGAUAUUUUCCCGGAGCUGUGCACGCCUGAGCCUGCGCCGGAGCCUUCCUUGGACCCUGUGACUGAUAAACUUGUAGUUAAGCCCUCCCAGAAGGCGCUGCCUGCGACUGAGGCUCGACCGCCUGCGACGCCGACACAGCAGAGGCGCUUGCAGCAGGCGCCUGCAGCGGAGGCGACAAUGCCUCUGGCUGGAAACUCGCGCAAGUGGAUCAUUCUGUUCGUCCUGCUAGCAUAUUUGUUUGCAUCAAAGGCCGUCUCGAGGCUGCUGAAUGCGUAGGGAAGGGGCUCAUUUAAUUCCCAGGCCGUGCUGCAAUGCAUCUUUGCCCUUCCAGACCUUCCCCCGCAUACACUUUUUUGUAUUUGUUUCUAUUUCUCCAAUUUUCUACAAUUUUUGCCACUAGCAUUGUGCCCAAAUAAAGCAGUGAAUGUUCUAAGCUCUA